GUGGGCCCGCGACACGAGGGAACCCAAAGCCACACGGAAGAACAGAGAGCGAGAGGGGGAAUCCAGACAGAGAACGCCUCAUCCGAGCCCCCAACAUUAUCGGAGAUGAUGCUGCGCGUGGUGGGCAAGCGGCUCCUCGGCGCGGCGGCAGGUGGCCAGGCGUCGCCCGCGUUGGCGCCGGCGGCGAGGAGGGGGUACCACGAGCGGGUGGUGGACCACUACAACAACCCGCGCAACGUGGGGACCUUCGACAAGGACGACCCGGACGUCGGCACGGGGCUUGUCGGCGCGCCGGCGUGCGGGGACGUCAUGAAGCUGCAGAUCCGCGUCGACGAGGGGUCCGGCAGGGUCGUCGACGCCCGCUUCAAGACCUUCGGGUGCGGCUCCGCCAUCGCGUCCUCCUCCGUUGCCAGUGAGUGGGUGAAGGGGAAGCAAAUGGAGGAAAUAGUGGCAAUCAAGAACACUGAAAUUGCAAAGCACCUAUCUCUUCCACCAGUAAAGCUCCACUGCAGCAUGCUUGCUGAGGAUGCAAUCAAAGCUGCUGUCAAGGAUUACGAAGCAAAGAAGGUGAAGCUGGCAAAGGCAGAUGAGUAGGGAAAGAAGUUCGUACCACUUGAAGCUAGCCAAGCACACAUCUAGAUGGAGGACUCCUGCAGUCGGACAUACUAGUGUCUAGUAUUCUCCAGUUGUAGUAACACAGCAUGUCCUAUAAAGAAGAUGGUGAUGGCAAUUCCGUUUCUUCAAAUAACCACACAGUUACAGUGGCCUGAGCGUGGCGUGUUACACGUUUGGUCAUUCGCCUUUA